AUGACAGCAAGCCAGGAUAUCACUACUCUAUCAAACCCUCCGUUGCUUGAAAAAAUCGACAAGCUCCGCGAUUUGAAUAUUGGUCAACAUGUGCCUCUGCCUCAGCUUGUUGUGGUCGGAGAUCAAAGUUCUGGAAAAUCGUCUUUGCUAGAAAGCCUGAGCGGAAUCCCGUUUCCUCAAGACCAAAGCCUCUGCACUCGUUAUGCAACGCAAAUCACUUCGCGACGUGAUAUCAGCAACUCUGUUGAAGUACGAAUCAUUCCUGGGCCACACGCAUCGGAAGACCAUAGGAAGCAUGUCGAGGGAUUCCACAGACAGGUGCAUUCAAGCUUGGAGUUUCGGGAACAGUUUCCAGACAUCUUGAAGAAGGCCAAUGAAAGGAUGGGUGUACGGUCCGAUAUCUCAACCGGAAUUGGCACUGUGUUCAGUGAGGAUGUCCUUAAGAUUGAGGUUUAUGGACCUAACGAGGACUAUCUCACCAUCAUUGAUGUCCCCGGAAUUUUCCGCACCACUAUGCAAGGAACCACCAAAGAUGACAUGGCCAUGGUGAGAGACCUGGUCAAGAGAUAUAUCAAAGACGGCCGCACCAUCAUCUUAGCAGUACUGCCGAGCAAUGUCGACAUUGCCACCCAAGAGAUCUUGGAACUUGCAGAAGAAUACGACAAGAAGGGCGAACGUACUCUCGGUGUUCUUACCAAGCCCGAUUUAGUACUCGAACCCAGUGCACAAGCUGCCGUCUGCAACCUUGUUCAGGGCAAAAAACGGCCACUCAAUCUUGGCUACUUCCUUGUCCGAAAUCGAGGACCGAACAGCGGCUUAGAAGGGCCUUCGGAGCUUGACAAGAUUUUCCGAAAGCAUCCAUGGGCUGAUCUUCCACGAGAUCGAGUGGGCAUUCUAGCCCUUAAAGACACGCUCAGGUCACUCUUGGUUGAGAUCACCAAACGCGAGUUUCCUACAUUGAUCCAAGAUGUCAGUCGCCAAAUUCGAGAAUGCAAGAGAGAAUUAAACAGCCUUGGACCACCUCGUCAGGAUGAGCGCGAGCAACGAAGUUUUCUUUGUAGCAUUGCUGGGGCUUUCCAGGAUCGCGCCAGGGCAGCAUUGAUGGCUGAUUAUAACGCAAACACGGGCUUCGACGAAGAUGAGCUUCGUCUCAUCACCCACGUGGUGAACAUUACCGAUAUUUUCGGCGCUGAUUUCCAUGAGAGUGCUCAUUCGCGACAGUUUGAGAAACUUGGAUCGGCGGAAGAGCCCGAAGAAGUCGAGAAGUCUGAUGAUUGUGAUGAUAAAGCCGGGCCGAUGGUGAACGAACUGCGAGAGCUCCUCGAGAAAGCAAGAGUUGAUGAUAUUGCGCCAGAGGAGUUUGCUGAACUAGCUGAUGUCAUUACUCCGGAGAAGAUAUCCAUGCCCGUGCCGUGCGACAACUUUAGUGAAUGGAUCAAUGAAGUCUACCUGAAAUCCAGGGGCUUGGACCUGGGCACGUUCAACGCAAACUUCCUUACUACAGCGUUUGCAGAGCAGUCACGCAAGUGGGGAGACAUGACGAAGAUCUACAUGAGCAGAAUCAUCAUCACUCUCCAUCGCUUCAUCGUCGCCGGACUCCGUUCCGUCUGUUCAGAAGAGCAAGUCCGUAACAAGUUGUGGAUCGCAAUGAUAGAGAGCUUAGGGGAACGCUACAAGAAGGCAAUGGACCAGGCGAGACUGUUGGUUGAAGUCGAGCAGUGCAAGCAACCCUAUACUCUUAACAAGCAAUUCGCUCAAGCGCUGUCCAAGGCUCGGGGAUACCGAGUCACGGAACUACUACGCCCCAAGGCUAGAAAGGACAGUAAGCAAUUCGUAGGGACUCAGCCCAUGAUUAAUUUGAACGACAUCCCUAAGGCUGUGGAAGUUAAAAGCAAUGUGGAGCAGUUGCAAGAAGAGAUUCAUGACAUUCUUCAUGCCUACUACAGCCUGGCCGCGGACCGGUUCAUCGAUAAUGUCUUUCAGCUCGCUGUUGACUACUGUCUGUUGCGUGGCCCUUCCAGCCCCUUGAAGGUUUUCACCCAGGAUUGGGUUAUCAACUUAGAAGCUGAGCAACUUGAACAGAUUGUUGGUGAGACCAGAUCUGUCAAGAAGCGCCGUCAAGGAUAUACAAAGAAGAUUGUGGAUUUGACUAAUGCCUUGAAGAUCCUCCGAACUUAG